CAAACCAUUUCCUAAAAAUAAUAUUCUAAAUUUCCACUCUUUUCCUACCCCUUCUUCCAUUGUUGCCAUUGCCCCAUUGCUUAAUAUCCAUAGAAGAAGUGCAGGUAGAAGAACAAGAAGAAGAAAGAAGAAAAGGGGAGGAAAAGGCUGAGCUCGUGAAUCCUCGAACAGGGCAUUUUCGAUUUCAGGAGGGCACGAGAGAGGUGACCCGUGAUAUUGUUCAUUCAAGAAGCGGUUCUCUGAUCUUUUCUUCCUGGAAUCGGAUUUGUGCUCUGUGGAUCCGGUUUGGCUUUCUGGGUUUGCUUUAUAUUCGUUGCCCUGUACAUGGGUUUAUAAUAGAGCAUUGGUUGCCUUGAAAUCCGUAUCAAGACUAAGCUUACGACUGCAGUAGGUAGUUUACCGAUCCGAGGCUUCUGGUAACAUAUUUUGGAAAUCUUGAGCACACACCAUAUGGACAACAUCGCUAACCAGUCAUCCGGAGGCAAUUCAUCAAUUAACACCAAUCAAUCACAGGGGGACUCUAGUGAAUCUAAUGUUCCAACUGCAUUUGUAAAUCAUGGUCUUCUUCUCUGGAAUCAAAAUAGGCAGCAUUGGGUGCAGAACAGAAAGUCUGGCAACAAAAGACAAGUGAUUCGAGAACCCAAAUUACACACUCAUUGUCUCUGCAUGCCUAAAUCGUUCUGGCUUUGCAGUUGGAGUGCAACAUACGACAGUUUGUUGGGAAGUAACAAGCCGUUCCCACAGCCUGUACCACUUGGUGAAAUGGUUGAUUUUCUUGUGGAUAUAUGGGAGCAAGAGGGAUUGUAUGAUUGAGCAUUAUUUCUGGAAUGAAAGCUAUUUUGAAGGUUAAGUUAGACUUCGGAAACCCUCUGGACUCCUGAAUUACAGCAAUUACAUCAACAUGACCAUUGCUAAAUUGGCCACUUGAGCCAAUACCCAAAAUGUAGUUUCAUGCAGAAAAAAGGAACAACAGAACAUUAAUCCAUUUUUGCAUCCACUUUUUUUUUUUCGUACUAUGUGUUCUGUGUUCUUCCUUGGGUAGUUUUUGUUGAGUUCUUGUCUGAAACUUGAGUUGCUUCCUUCUGUUCUAAUGAUGAAUUGUGUGUAGAGAGAGACACGGUGAGUUGAUUGGUCUCAUUCUGUUCUUUUCGAUACUUUUGUUUUAUAAUAUAUACAGUUUUGUUCUC